CUCUAUCUCUCUCCUCAGCUUGUCACCGACCAAACACCUCUCUCUAACACUACUCUCCUCUCCCUCUCUCUAGCUCUGACAGCAUGAACUUCUCGUCGUAUUUCUCCUCCUCAUCGUCAUCCUCGGACAAGAAGUCGUCGUCCAAGCGCCGGCAGCAGGCGGCGCAGCAGCAGGUGGACGCCAACACGACGCGGUACCUGGGCGUGCGGCGGCGGCCGUGGGGUCGCUACGCAGCGGAGAUUCGCGACCCGGCGACCAAGGAGCGCCACUGGCUGGGCACCUUCGACACCGCCGAGGAGGCCGCCGUCGCCUACGACCGCUCUGCGCGCUCCUUCCGCGGCGCCCGCGCGCGCACCAACUUCGUCUACCCCGACCUGCCGCCGGGCUCCUCCAUCACCCCUUACCUCUCCCCGGACCUCACCUCCGGCGACAACUCCGCGCAGCUCCUGCAGCCAUUCUACGCUGACCCCGCCGCCGCGCUGCCGAUCCAGGCCGCGAACAGCGCCGUCGGCGGCGGCGAAGACUACGGCUACGGCUACAGCGACGCCGAAUUGUCGUCGCUGAUGGACGACAUCGCCAUACCCGACGACCUGCCCGUGCUGAGCGACUCCGGCGGCGCCAUGGACCUGUCCUCCAUGUACGGCGGCGGCAGUGCCAAUGCCGUAGGCGGCGGCGGGUGGUGCGACGCGUCGGAGUUCGGCGCUUACAGCGCGUCGUCGGCCUCGGCGCCGGGCGCGCACGGCGUGUACUUCGAGGAGGGGUACGUGCACAGCCCGCUCUUCUCGCCGAUGCCGGCCGCCGACGACGCCUGCACCGACGGCUUCCAGCUCGGCGGCUCGUCGUCGUCCUACUACUACUGAUCGCUUAC